AUGGUGGAAAUCUGGGACGAUCUCCGACGUCGCGCUCGCUCACUUGAGAAUCAUAUUGAUGUGAAAUUAGUAGUGCUAAAUAAGUUGGCCUCUGGUACGUCAGGUCGAUAUGAAUCACUGUUGAAUGACAAAGCAACUGUCAGCAGUAAACAGGAGAUAUUCGAUUCAUUGUCAGCAGAAAUAGAAAACAUGAUUGCGAAACUUACACAAAUUGACGAUCAAAUGGCAGAAUAUUUAAUGAAGUGCCAGACAAAUUCAAGAACUGGCGCAUGGGCAUCUGGUCCAGCAUUACAGCACACACUUAGAAGGCAUCGUGAAAUAUUGCGUGAUUACUGUGCGGAAUAUAACAGAUCACAUGAUAAUAUAAGAAAUCAAUUGCAAAGGGAAAGUCUGUUAAGCGGGGGUUCGAACGAGAGCUCAUAUCUCAAUAAUCGUUCAAAAGCAAGUGAUAUGUACUUAAAAGAGAGUGAACACAUAUCAAACUGCGACCGCUUUUUAGAUGAACAAAUUAGCAUUGCAAUAUCGGCGAAAGAACAUGUCCAUAACCAGCGGAUGAGCCUGCGAGACAUUAGUAAAAAAAUGAACGCAUUAGCCAGCAAGGAAACGACGAGAUUCGGUCAUAAUGGCAGUGGUGAUAUCGGCUUGCUUAAUUUUAAUGUAUAUAUAUGUAGUGAGUAUGUGACUGACGGAUUAUCAUUUGCCAGUAGAGCCAGUCAUUUCGGUCUUCAGAUUUAA